UAUACUUAAAUGGAUCACUCAGGACUAACCUUUAACUUAGACCUAUCCCAAACUGACUCUCACAGGGCCCAUCAGAAUGAAGAAUGACAAAAAUUAUUUCUAAGCCGCUUGGGUUAUGAUUCUCAUUGAGAUAUGCUACUGAGAAAUUGGCAAAUGGUCACAUUUCAAUCGAGAGAUCAACUUAAUGAACUUCAUGGUAAAAAAAGUGGUAAUAGCUAUGAUGAAUCCAAUCUAUCCAUCUUUUUCUGAGAUUUAAUUCAAGAUAAUUCAGAACAAAACGAAUGGGUUGAAAACUCAGUAAAUAUUGCAAUAGAUCAGUCUCCAGCUUGGUCUAAAUCAAUAUUGAAAUCAACAAGGGCUACUAGAAAGGAUGUCUACAGAAGGAAAAUGCUCAGAGCCAUAAAAAAGUUCUUCUUAAUGCUGUUUAAGUAUCACAACAAUAAAUUGGUCAAUAAAAGAUUAUCGAAGGUAUCUUCAACACAGAUUUUGCAGACUCUAGAAGACUUGUCGGUGUUAAUCAUAACACUAUCCUGAGCUAUUAAUAGCAUAAGAAGGGUAGCAAGAAUCUUGAGUAACACUUUAGUAUUUACUAAUCCAUUAUUUUAUGCUGAAUUUACCAAAUAUAAGAAAAGCCUAAGUUAG